AUGAAGCAAGGGAAGAAGGACCUUCAGCAGUUGCAGGGCGAGAUGAAGGAAAAGGAAGGGCACUGCCUGCAGCUAACGCAGGAGCGAGACAGCUGCCGGGCGGAGGCCAACCAAUGCCGAGAGGAUCAGGUGAAGCAGCUUGCCCUUUGCUCUGCUCAGGCGAAGGACUUGCAGAAGCGCAGGGACGAAAUUGAAGAAAUGACGUCUGAAGGGUCCGAAAGAGCAGCCUGGGUUUGCAGACAGGAGCAGGAAUUGCAAAGCUGCCGUGGCGAGAUCGAGCGGCUGACGUCGGAAGGUCUAGAGUCUGCGGCCGUGGUGUUGCAGAAGGAGCAGGAGGUGGAGACCCUAUGCGGCGAACUCGCCGAGAAGGAGGCAGCCACAGUGAGACUUCAAGAGGAGCUUGAUUCUUGCAGAUCACAAGCAGACCAGCUCCGAGCCUCUGAGUCCCAGCAUCUCAUCUUGUGCUCCGAGCGUGCCAAGGAAUUGCGGAGCUGCCGUGGCGAAAUCGAGCAGCUGAAGUCCAAAGCAGCAGAAGCUUCUGUGGCAGUCUCGAUGGCUUGGAAUGCUUUGUGCCAGGAGCGAGACCAAUUCCGAUUGGAAGCUGAUCAGCUUCUUGCGACGGAAGCCAUGCGUUUCGUGCUCAUAUCUCAGCGGACAGAGGAGCUGCUGCGUCAAAGGAAGGAGACCGAGCAACUGCGCGCGGACCAAGCUCAGUCUGGCUCAUUCUGCGCGCGCCUCGCGGAGGAGAAGCAGAGCUGCAACAGAGGUGAGACCAAGGGACUGUCAGUCUUGGCUCUUGACCUGCGCAGCGUCCACUUCUGUGGAGUUACUGGUGGUGAUUGGCAAGCAGUCAAAACCCUGCGGACUUUGUUUGUAGUUUAUGCAGUACUCAGGUUUCACAUCACAUCCAAUGUCCCGGAUGCCGACGGGGACUCGUACCAGCAGGUCUUCCCAGUAUGGACAAUUGCGGUUACCAAGAAUCAGCGGCAGCUCGCCGCCGCGACCAGCGACAACCGGAUCAACCUUUGGCCAGCCGCUUAG